GGCUGGGGCUGAGCCAUGGCGGCGGCCGCGUACGAGCUGCUGGUGCUGGGCGGCGGGUCCGGCGGGCUGGCGGGGGCGCGCCGGGCGGCAGAGAUGGGGGCCCGCGUCGCACUGGUGGAGCCGCGGCGCCUCGGCGGCACCUGCGUCAACGUUGGGUGCGUGCCAAAAAAAGUGAUGUGGAACGCCGCCAUGCACGCAGAGCUCAUCCACGACCAUCCCGACUAUGGCUUCGAGAUACCUGGCGUCAGGUUUAACUGGAGAACCAUUAAGGAGAAGCGCGAUGCUUAUGUGAGACGCCUGAAUGAGAUCUAUGAAAAUAACGUAACCAAGGCUCGCAUUGACAUCAUCCGUGGCUACGGCAAGUUCACCUCCGACCCGGAGCCCACCAUCGAGGUCAAUGGGAAGAAGUACACGGCUCCUCACAUCCUCGUUGCGACUGGUGGGCGCCCAGCGGUGCCUCCUGACUGUGAAGUUCCCGGUGCCAGCCUCGGUAUAACCAGCGAUGGAUUCUUUGACCUGGAGGAACUUCCCAGGCGCAGCGUGGUCGUUGGUGCAGGGUACAUUGCAGUGGAGAUCGCGGGGAUCCUCUCCACACUGGGCUCCAAGUCCUCCUUGCUUAUCCGUCGGGACAAGGUCCUGAGGACGUUUGACUCGCUGAUCAGCACAAACUGCACACAGGAGCUGGAGAACAUUGGAGUUGAUGUCUGGAAGCACACACAGGUCCAGGCUGUCACCAAAUCCCCCAAUGGCUUGUUGGAGGUGAAGGUGACAUCCUCAGAGCCUGGGCACAAGCCAGCUGUGAAGGUGAUCCAUGACGUGGACUGCCUUCUGUGGGCCAUUGGGCGGGAGCCGAACACAGAGGAGCUGUGUCUGGACCAUGUGGGUGUGAAGGUAGAUGCCCAGAACCAUGUGGUGGUGGAUGAGUUCCAGAACACCACCAGAAAGGGGAUCUACGCCAUCGGAGACGUCUGUGGCAAAGCUCUCCUGACCCCAGUGGCCAUUGCGGCUGGGAGAAAGCUGGCACUUCGGCUCUUUGGUAACCAGCAAUGUGCCCGGCUUGACUACAGCAACAUCCCCACUGUCGUCUUCAGCCAUCCACCCAUUGGAACUGUAGGCCUCACUGAAGAUGAAGCCAUUGCUGCACACGGGAAGGACAAUGUGAAGAUCUACUCCACAUCAUUCACUCCCAUGUACCACGCAGUCACCCAGAGGAAGGUGAAGUGUGUGAUGAAGCUGGUGUGUGCUGGCAAGGAGGAGAAGGUGGUGGGGCUGCACAUGCAAGGCCUGGGCUGUGACGAGAUGCUACAGGGCUUUGCUGUGGCCAUCAAAAUGGGAGCCACCAAGGCCGACUUUGACAACACAGUUGCUAUCCACCCUACCUCAGCAGAGGAGCUGGUGACAAUGCGCUGAAGUGGAGAUGAACUGCUGGCAGCUGAAGCAGAGGAGCCAGUCCUUGCAUCCUGGCAGCACUUCCUCUGUGCCAAGUUAAUCACAUGAGCAAAUUUCACCUCUUUCUCUCUGAAAAUUUUUCAUGAUUUGUAGGAAAUCAUUUUAUUUUUUUUUCCAAGCCUUACAAAGUGCCUAAACACCAGCCAAUUGCUUGGAGAGCAACACAGUGGUGGAAUCAGUGUGGUGUGACCCAGAGUGGGAAAUAAAUGCAGUGAUGCUGGUAA